CAGAAAGAAGUCAGAGACAUCGAGCGAGACAAGGCCAGCGGCGUGACCAUAGAGCCGCAAGGCAACUCGCUGCAGAAGCUGAUCGGCUGCCUCAAGGGCCCGCGUGACACGUCGUUUGAGGGCGGCAUCUUCUAUGUCAACAUCGAGCUAGACGACCAGUACCCCUUUGUGCCGCCCAAGAUGCGGUUCAUCACAAAGGUCUGGCACCCCAACAUCAGCUCCGCCAAUGGCGCCAUCUGCCUAGACAUCCUCAAGGACCACGGGAAUACAUCCAGCCACCUUCUCGCGCCUCCCCCAUGCCCCCCCUUGCAGGCGCUGCUGUCCUCGCCGCAGCCAGACGACCCGCAGGAUGCGGUGGUGGCGCGGCAGUACAUGGGCAGCCUUGCAGACUACCAGCAGACGGCCAAGCAGUGGACGGAGACGUACGCGCACGCGCAGGUGGUGGGCCUGGAGGCCAAGGUACAGCAGAUAGUCGAGAUGGGCUUCGCGCGAGAGCAGGCGGUGGUGGCGCUCAAGGCGGCAAACGGGGAUGAGAACCAGGCAAUGGAGCUCCUGCUGGGAGCGUAG